AUUUUUUUAAAAGUUUUCCAUUGUAUAAAGAAUCUUUAAAAAAUAUAUCUGAAAAUUUGUUCAGUAUUAUCAAAAUUAUUGCGCAGAGCAUACAUUAAUAGAAAAUGGAAAACGAAAAUGACGUAGAGGUUAAGGCUGAGCCUGAUAUGACUUUUACUAAGGAGUUGCGUAAAGCUACUAAGGAUGUGCAUAAAAUGAGCGAUAUUCUUGUAAAUGCAAAAUUUGCAUUAGCUCUUUCCAAUGAAACUGUUUGGGCAGAUGGUCUACUUGCUUUUUACGAGAUAUACAAAUUUUUUGAAACCCACUUACCAGAAACACUAUUACCCAAAGAGCUGUAUCGCACUGCAGCAUUUGAAAAGGAUCUUAACAUAUUCCUAGGUAGCAACUGGCAAGAAAAUUAUGAACCAAGAGAAAGUGUUAAGAAAUAUCUAAAGAAAUUAGAAGAAGUACGCAGCAAAAAUGAAUUACUGUUAUUUGCGUAUGCCUUCCAAAUGUAUAUGGCUUUAAUGUCUGGUGGUCAAUUGUUACAAAAAAAACGAAUGAUUGCUCGUAAAUUGUGGAUUGGAAAGCAAGAAGAACCUGAAGAUAAUAAGGCAAUGACUUUUGAUCCGGAACUGCAUGAAGUUGAUUUAGAAAAACGUCCUAUGCCAGCUCAGGUUACUAUUUGUCCACCUGGCUGUGCUGCUACAUUUUUUCCAGACAAAAUUUCAGUUCUUAAAGCUAAAUUACGUACAAUCUUAAAUGAAAACUAUGGAAAAUUUGAUGAUGAUAUGCGUGCUGCUUUUAUUGAAGAAAGCCGCAACGUCUUUCUAUACAAUGGAGAUGUAGUGCGCUCAAUAAAAGGAGUUGCAAAGGCUAACUUACGUGCAUUAGGUAUGGUUGUAUGUUUUAUUGUUGGCGUUUACCUUGCAUUAAAAUUUGCAAGACGUUAAUAAGCACAAAACUGUAAAUUCAUAAAAAAGACUAAAUUUUAUUUUCGACUAAAGUAGUUUUAAUUUAGUUUAAUAAAAAUAUAUAGCUAAUAUUAACUAACAA